UCUCAUGGAUUAGUUUCAGCAAUUUUCCAUGCUUAUAACAAUCAUCAACAUUUACUCUUAACACCUGAUGAUAUUUGGUUAACUAUAGCACAAGGAGUUAGUCAACAUAUUAAUUAUAAUGCAGAAAAAUUUCGUUAUCGUUUUGUUAAUCAUGAAGGUAAAAAAGAGAUAGGUAUUACUGUUAAUGAUAUUUUGGCUCAAAAAAAUUCACGCCUUGAGGGAGAUUGGCCAGAAGCAGUAAAUAGACUAGUUGUGAAAACUGAUCAAGCUGUAGAAAAAAUUGAUGUAAAAUCACUUUUAGAAUGCGAUUUUUCUACUACAACAAAAAAUUCUCUUACUGCUAGUAGAAUCGUUCUUUUGGAUAUGCUUAAAGAAUAUUUUUCAUAUAAAAUGUAUCUCUGUUGUGGAAUUCCUAAAAUUACUCUUGAAGGUACCUUAGAAGAUUGGACAAAAUUACAAGAGAAAGUAAUUCAAUUACGUCAGUUGGAUUUAGAUAUGGAUUUUUGGUUGGAUAAGUUGGAUCCUGUUGUAUGGCAAUUAAUUGAAACUUAUAAAGGCAAUGUUGAUGAAGAUUUUUGGUCAAAAAUAAUUUCAUUACAAAGUUUUGGUUCAGGACCUAGUUAUGUUACAGGAUGGACGAUGGCCCUUUUUCCAUAUAAAAAUAAUGGAAAAAAAUUAGAAGGUAAU